AUGAAAAAAGAUAAUUAAUAAAAAUAAAGAGCAGAUAAGAACUAAAAAGUAGAAAAGCAACUUAACUGGUGGUGUAAAUACUCUAACUGUGGUAAAAAGUACUCAUUAGAGAGUUCUUUAUUCAACCAUAUACGUAUAAAGCAUCCUGAGUGUUAAAGAAAGAGUUUGGUUUUCAACAAACUCGAGAGAGAACCUGGAAGACCAAUGACAAAAAAACAAAACUCAAAAACAGACAAUAAUGAAGAGCUUAUUAUUGAAAAUAGCUCUAAAGCUGAGAUUAUUCUUGGGUUUUAUAAAAGCAAAUUGUGGUAACUAUUUUGCUUGGAGUUUAAAAACGAGUUUGGAGAAGCUAUAUCUAAUAUUGAAUCUGGAAUAUAUGAGCAGAUUAAAAGCUUUGUAAAUGAUUUAGAAGCUUAUUAUUUUGAUAUUUCAUAUCCUUAAACCUAAAAAGAAAAGGAUGAUUUUUUUUAGCAACUUAAUAUGUUUAGCUACAACUUAAAGGAGGAUGUAAAAUUUAAUAUUUGUAAGGCUAUUGUAUUAUUUUAUCUAAUGAAUACGUCUCAGGAAUUCUAAUAUUAAAUAGGAUUUAUUGAUCAUCUAAUCACUAAGUAAAGCAAAAUUUGGUAAUUGCAAAUUAUAAUUAAACGGAUAUAUAGGAAUUUAUAGAAUCCUUUUUAUAAUUAAAAAUUUUUCCUUAAUUAAUUAAUCAAUAUUAUAUAAAAUUCAAAUAUACAAAAUUCUAUUCAAAAAAUGAAAUACCCAAUCGAUACUCGGAUUUAUAAUGCAAACUCCUACAUGUCUCAAAACUAAUGGCGAACAAGACAUAUCAACUCUAAUGAAACAAACUAAUAAUAACUAAAAAAUAUCAAUGUGUUUUCUUUAUUUCUGAUCUGUUAAAAUUAAAUAAAUAUAGAGUGA